AUGCUGCAGGGCCAGAAUGCCGCGAUCAGCGCAUCGGAGAACGAUGUGAACAUUCGACAACAACGGAUACUGGACAGCAGUAACAACGCCAGAAAGAGGAAGCCAUUGCCCAGUCGUGUUGGAGUCGCAAACAAUCUUUCGGGACGAGACGUCGAACCUCAAGGUUGUCCGCCUGGUACCGCACCUACCCCUCCCCAACGAGCACCGCCAGCGCCACCCUCGAUUCCGGCAGCGAGCGCUCCGCCCGAAACCAACGGCGAUCAAGCGCUUCUUCUAGACACAGCGUCAGCGGCACGAUGGCGACGACAGGAAGCCAAACCGAGCAAUAGUCGCAACUCGACGUUGGCAAAACUGCACUCGCGCGCGAACAGCGAGCUCGUGCUCCAGGUAAAAGUUAUGGAGGAGGUUCAUGGUGUGGAUGUUUCGUGGCUGCAUCAUCCGAACAAGGGUAUACAGUACGAUGUCAAGUAUGUCACGAAGCACAGCAAGCACAAGCACAGCCAAUCGUCGCCCGACGUCAGACGAGAUGUUAAAGCGACCCCAUCAACCAGCAACGGCAGCGAGCCUCGAAAGCCCGUCCAGAAGGUCAGCUCCGACCUAAGCAAGCUCCCGUCUCCCUCAAAUGUCACUCCACCUACGCCAGCGCAGCCAUCGAAAGACUCGACCAACGCCGUCCCAUCCACUCCAACUCCACCUCGCGAUAUUAACAAGGCGCUCCCCAAGCGGCCUAGUAUGCUGGCGCGCAAUAGCUCCGAGCGAGUCAGUCAGGAUGGUAGCAGCAGGAAGCGCUCGUCGUGGAUGAACAGCCUCAGCUCCAAAUUCUCGACAACACCCGAACGACCCGGCCCAACACCAGCACAGCUGUCGCGACAGCAAUCGAAUACGAGCGUCAAUGGCCCGCAGACACCGAGCCCGAACAGCAACCCAGCAACGCCAGGCUCCGAAGCUGUGGAAGAGAAUGAGCCAUAUACGCCUGCGAAGCCAAAGGAGUCCUCCUCUAGUUUCUUUUCGAGUAUCACGAGGAGACUGUCAUCCGCUUCGCAGGCUGGAAACAUACCAAAGGCUCAAGGCACAGGAGGGGUGUGUCCAAGAAAGGUGCUGAAUGUCGACCCCAAUCGAGAACGAUGUUUGGUGCCGGAAAUGGACCCAGCUCGGUUGAGGAGGGUAAGCUUCUGCGUGGAUGUGGAAAUUGCUGGCGGGCCAAGGUAUAUCGAUGAAGAGGAGGACGACGAAGACAAGAUGAAGAGGAAGAAGGAGUUUAAGAUGAAGGAGCGGGCGGAAGGAGAGGCAUUGAAGAGGCCGGAUGCUUUGGCUGAGGAGAAAGAUGAGGAGGGUGAACCUAAGCUGGAGGCUAAAGCCAACAGUAAGGCGGCGCAGUCGAAUGAGCAGAAGGGCAAGAAACCGGACGAGAACGGCAAUGGAGCGAAUGGCAUGACGGAGGAGGAGCGGGAAAGUGCGGCAAGAAAACGAGAGAAGAAGCAGAAGAGUGAGGCGGAGCGGAAGGAGAGAAAGGAGAAGAGGAGGAAGCGCGCAGAGGAGAAUGGGCAGAUUCCCGUCGAGCUCAUGCUUGAUGGUAAGGGAGGUGAUGGGAGCUCGCCACCAAGCGACACGGCAAACGGAUCCUCGACUUCGUUGGCAAGGACGCCUACCCAGCCUCAACCCAAUGCCACAAAACAAGACCGACCUACCACUGACCCUGCGCGGAUAUACAGGCGAUGUUGUCAGCUGAGGGAGAGUCCGAUUCUGAAGCGCAUCACCGAACAGCUCAGCAGGCCGACGACGACAUUACCAGCAGAACCGGGCGUUGUGCAAUGUCUAGACCUCACCGGCUCACGUUUACAACUUGCCGACGUAAUAUCACUUGGAGACUGGCUCGCAGUUGUUCCGGUUAAGCACCUGAAACUAGAGGAUGCCGAUCUCAGCGACGAAGGCGUGCGAUGUGUUCUCGCAGGUCUUCUGGCUGCGAAGAGGCCGGAGCCGACGAAACGAAAGAGUCUGACACCUCGCCACCGCCAGGGCAUCCCAUCUUCUUCUUACACCGAACGCGCCGGCGUUGUCGAGAAGAUCACGCUCAAAAACAACCCUCGCCUCACGCGUGUCGGCUGGAAGCACAUCAGCCUCUUCCUCUACAUGUGCCGCUCGCUCAAAACCAUUGACCUCUCGAUGAACUUCUUCCCGGACACUCUGCCUCCCAGCGCUCAUGUCACGCCCAUCAAAUCUCCUAGCAGCGCUCCCUACGGUAAUGCACAGGACCUCGACGCCGCAGAAGCACUCUACAAAUGCCUUAGCGAGCGACUUGGCGGGAGGAGGCUGGAAGAACUGCUCAUGUCCGAGUGUGGCCUCACAUCACCACAGAUUCGCAAGGUUGUGGACGGCGCUAUAGUUGCCGGUGUGAGUCGUCUGGGCUUGGCCGGGAAUUCUCUCGAUGACGAGGGCUUGCAGCAUGUACUGCACUACCUCCGGUCGGGUGUGUGCAUGGCAUUGGACGUUGGCGGUAACGACUUGCGCGGCAAGCUCAACAUGAUUGCGGAAGCGAUCAACACUCAGGUCGACCAUCCUUGUUGGGGCCUUAGUCUUGCUGGCUGCAACUUGGACUCGGCCUCAUUGAAGCCGCUCUUUGCUGCGCUGGUCAAGCUGCCCAACUUCCGCUUCAUCGAUCUCAGUCACAACCGCGAUCUCUGCCUCGCCGACAAUGGGCUCAUCACCCUCCUUCGUCGGUACAUUGGGCAGAUGAAGGAUCUAAAGCGCGUGCAUCUAGCCGAUGUUGGAAUGAGCCCGAAACAAGCUAUUGCCCUCGCCGACAUCUUACCUGAAGGCGAAAGGCUGGCGCAUUUGAGCUUGUUGGGUAACGACAAGUUGACUGCUCUUGCGAACGCGAAGGGUGAGGAGGAGCAGGAGGAGGCUUGUGCGCUUUACGCGAGUUUGAUGGCGAGUGUGAGGGUUAGUCAGACGUUGAUCUGUAUUGAUGUUGAUGUCCCUGCGCCGGACAACAGCGAGGUCGUCAAGGCGCUGGCGAAGCAGAUUGUUGCGUAUUCGCUACGAAACAUGGAGCAAUUCGCCAUCGCUGAAGCAACAGGUGGAGCGCCUUCGACGACCAAUGCAACGACAGUCCUCGCGGGUCCACACGGUGGCGAGCGAGCAGUGCGCGAGAUCAGUGUGCCGGAUGUUCUGCUCCAUCUUGUUGGACAUGUGGAAGGUUCUUCUGAGAACCACGACCGUGACCCUCCCGCACCGGAUGAAGACUACAUUAUCGGUGGUGCCGGCGUGGUCAAAGCGUUGCAGUAUGUGCUCGGCGAGAAGGAGACUGAGAGCCGCCGGGCGAGCAACGCGCCCACGCCUUCUGGUACAAUGACGCCUAUUGACCGCCCUGGCUCUUCAGCCGGCUUAGUCGACCAAGGCAAAGCGAAGAAGAUGAGCAAGAACCUAUUAGGCAGCGCUCGGCAGCUCCGAGCCCGUCUACAGCCCGCUCUUGCCAAGGAAGCGAUCGGCGGCGACGACAUGGCCUAUCGCCGCCUCCUCGGUCUCGACCAAACGCUCCAAAGCAUGAUCACGCGCUUCGAAGAAGAGUACCCCGAAACCCGCAUCUCCGCCCCCUCAGCCGCCGGCGGCCCGAGCGAAACAUCCUCCCUCACCGACCAGUCCACCAACCAACUCGCCACCAUUAAGUCCAACGACCCCCUCGCCCCAGCCUCCGACGACGAGCAAGACGACCUCGACGAACUCACCAGCGUCCGCCCGACCGUGUCCCGCCACAACUCCGACGUCUCCCUCGCCUCCCGCGCCCUGUCCAUGGAAGAAGGCCGCCUCCACCGCAUCGGCCAGCAACUGCGGCGCGAAGUCAUCGACUCGCCCCGCAGCACCGAAGGCGGUGCGGACUGGGCGCCGUGGCGGAAGCCGGAGCAGAGCGAGCAGGAAGCCGAGCGGUUCAAGAAGUUCCGAGAGAAGAUUGAGGGGACGUCUGGGGAGGAGAUUCGGAAGAUUAUCGAGAAGGAGGAGGGGUGGGAUGGGUUGUUGAGGAAGAUUGGCGGGACGUAUGAGGAUUUAAGGAAGUUGCAGGAGCAGGAUCCCGAGGCGUGGGAGCAGUUUAAGGUUGCGCAGGAGAGGGCCAGGGAGCAUAUGAAGACGAGUGAGAGGUAG